CCUGCUUCAACUGCUCUGCUGCUUUAAGGAUGAGUCAGCCUGGUAAAUACAGCACCAACAAAGUACUCAUUGGUAACUGGGCGGAGGAGAGAUUACAUUUCACUAGGGACUGCGAGACGGCGAACAGCAGCUACAGGAUGGACUACACGCCCCACAGGUCACACAAGCCCAAUGUUGUCACGUGCCAAAGGGCUCUUCGUAGCUCAGAGGGUCUUCCCUUAAGGCAGUUAUUUUCUCAUCAUGAUGUCCCCUCCUCCCACUGUCUGGUGACACUCUAUGAUGAGUCGUACGGGCGGCAGGCCUCCUCCUCUCUGCCCACACUGCACUCCUGGUACUCUUUCAAACUGGCUGGGCUCCCAGAGAGGUCAGAUCACCCAAUCCAAGGCCCUCCUACUAAUUUUGGCUUGGCAGAGUCUUGGCGGGCUCAUAUGGAACAACAGCGGGCAGUUGUGCCCGCACUAAGCGAGUAUAGGGCUUCAUACCCUCUGCACCCCAUCAGCGCCUUCUGUUAUUCUCACCACGUCAGCAUGCCCAAGCGCUUCUCCAGCAGUCAGCACCCUGCCAAGCACAGCAACGAGGACCUGGCACUGAAACCCAGACCCUGCAGGCAGGUCUCCACUAAUCCAGCCAGCCUGCUGUGACCCUUACCCGUUGUCUCACCACCUUCAGCCCUCCAGUACCACACAGACUGGCCUCAGCCUGGGGAGAGGGCUUGGAAUACCUUGUUUUACUGAUCAAUGGCACUUAAAACAAAAGGAACAGGAGCAUUCCACUGUGUUUGCAGAAAGUCAAA